AUGGCGGACAGUGAGAGUGAUGUAGAAACAGACGGGCUGGACGCGGCUCUGGACGCUCUGAGGGCUCAACGCUGCAGCGGAGAGUCUCCUCCCAACAGUAAACUCUACUGCUCCGGCUUCUGUCGGUUGGUAGAGGAGUACACGGGCCAAUGGCAGGUCCCUCUCCCCCAGCUGAAGGUGCUGAGGACGGCGCUCUGCAGCUUCACCAAAGCUACCGCCGUCUUCCCCGAAGACUGUCAGCACAUCCACUACGUCCUCAGCAGCAUGGCCCUGAGUUUCUUUGAACUGAUGCUGUUUUUCAGCAAAGAAGAAUUUGUGGAGGAACCAUUAAAAGACAUCCUCGAUUCAUUUCAGGAGUGCCACUCUCAGCUCCUGAGACACAGGAACAUCUACCUGCAGCAUGUGAGGCUGAUCAUUAAAGCAGGAGGUCCGUGGGAGAACCCGGUGCUGAAAGGAGUCCUGCAGGAGGCAGACCUGUCCCCGAAGGAGGUUGAGGACUACCUGAGCUCGGAGCUGCCCGUCUUCUUUGAGCUGCGGAUCCGUUACCUGCAGGCCUGUGAGCGGAUGCAGGAGGCCAUGGCUCUGGCUAAGAGCUGCCUGGAGAACCGCGAGGCUGGGAGACACCUGUACUUCCACCAGGCCUACCUCACCUGCCUCUACAAGGCCUCGCUGCACGAACACCUUCACAAGGAGAUGGCGGAGAUCGAUGGCCGUGAUGCCGUGGAGAUCAUCUGUAACACAGAGAGUGUUGAGAAAGACGAGCUGCUGCUGUCGCUGUGUAAAGCUUUCCUCACACAACAGCUACACAACGGGGACAUGUACUACAUCUGGGACCUGGUGUUCAUCUGGAGCCGGCUGCACCUCCGGGCUCAUCCCUCCAGGAACGGCUUCCUGUCCGAGUGUUUACAGCUCGCCUCUUCUGCCACCAACGUCAGAGCCAUCUUCCCCUUCAUCAAGCUGGUCACCACAGAGCUGGGGGUGGAAGGCGUCCAGGUCUGUGUGGAGCUCUGCUCCAGGGCCUUACAGCUCAGUGACCUGCAGGCCGACAGUGUGACCAGGUCCCUGGUGUGUAAGACCAUCGCCUUCCUGCUACCUCAUGACCUGGAGAUCUGCCGGGCCUGCUCCCUGCUGGUCUUCUGCCAGGAACGGAGCCUGGAGGCGUACCGGACCGUCUGCCUGCUCUACAUGCACCCCGACCAGGAGCCGCACCCACACAACAGCCCUGUGAGGACCAACGUCCGCUUCCACAUCCUGCAGAUGCUGAAGGAGCGUCUGUGUUUCGACCCGGAGUUCUGGAACCUUCUGACCAUCAGGACUCACUGUUUGGAGCUGAUGAGUGACAAGGUGAUGAAGGCUGCUGUCCUCAGUGAGAUGGAGGAAGAGGAGGAGCUGUUGAUCAGCAAGUGUGUCAACGACUCGUGCACGCAAGGAUUUACCUACUGCCGGUGUUCUGAAACCGCGUUCAUGACCCGGGACCUCCCCGAGGAGACGCCGCCGGCCGCCGUGGAGACGGAAACGGUGCUCGGCCCGUCCAACAACGACGUCCUGAAGAGGAGGAGGUGGAGGAAGAGCCUGAGGAGGAGGAACCAAUCGGUGUCCGACGAAGAGGCCGACCUCGGGGACGACGAUCCAGAGUUCAAGUACAAUCUGAAAACCGCCUCGUUGGGCAACAAGCCCGUUUACUCACUACGACGGAACCACACGAACAAAGAGAACUCUGCUUCUGUAAAAGCCCCGCUGAACCGCAAGAGAGAGUACCUGUCCAGGUGUGUGAAGAGCCAGAUCUUAAAAAGGAAAGGCAGGAAGAAGAGGUGGCUGCAGGGUCUCCCCAGGCUGGAGCCGCUGCAGACGGACCAGGAGAAGAAGAAGAAGGCCGGAGUUAAAGACAUGAAGGUGAAAGUCAACGGGAAGAAACGAGGACGGAAGCCGUUCUCCAAGCUGGAGCUCUCCUUCCCCGACAACGAAGUGUCCGUCACACAGGAGGAGGAGUCUGGUUUUUCUGGUUUUGAGGACGUUAGCGAGCCAGAAGAGAAGGAGCCCGACAUGCCUCACCUGGAGAACGAGCUGGAGCAGACACGGGACCAGACGGAGAACCGGUUCGAGCAGAUGGAUCAUCUGGAGAAGGAGAGUGAGCUGGAGAAACACCCUGACUUGGUCUCUAGUGGCGGUUUGGAGAAGGAACCUGAAGCAGAAACAUUAAGUCCUCCAGCUGCUGUGGAAGCUGAUCCAGAGCUGGAUGGUCAGCCGUUAGAGUUACUGGACUGUCCAGUAGAAGUCUUUCACUCUUACUCCCUUAAAUCCAAAACGCCGGACUCGGAGAAACCAGAACCUGCAGAGUCCUGGUCAGUAGAUGAAGAGGUGAACGGAGACACGGAGCUGGAUCUGCAGCCAGCAGAGAGAUCAGAAGAGUCCAGCACUGAGGUGAAGGCCAAGCGGUCGUGGAGGGACCGCGUCCUCAGAACUCAACAAUACGCCCACCUGAGGCACCACUGCAGCUUCUGCCGUAAAGACUAUAAAGGCCUGAAUGUAAUGAGGCACGCUCUGUCGCAUCUCAAGAGCAGGAAGCUGAGAUGUAUCCUGUGUGGAAAACGCUUUAAACAGCUGCCCUUCGCCAAAAAACACGUCCUGGACCACAUCGAUGAAAUGUGCAAGCAGAAAGCUCCUGAAGCGGAGCCGAGCCCUCCGGACCCUCCGGCUGCUAACGGGAUCAUCGUUAAAGUAGAAGAUCAGGGUCAGAGUCAGCCUCAGGGGGAAAAUCAGACCCCCGUUCCCUGUGAGAAGCCUCCAGAACAGAAACCUGCAGGAAAAACUAAAGUGUCGAGCCUGAAGAGGGAAGACCGCAUCAUCAGGAACCUGAGGACCCUCAUCAAGAAGACCUCGGUGCUCCACAAGAAGUGCAAGAACCCCGACGCCAACAUCUUCAAACAGGUGGACUUUAAGGACGAGCAGGUGGUGAUUAAAGACGGACUGGUGAUCGUCAAGGAUCCGUCGGUGGUGGAGAAGGAGGCUGAAGGAGAGCAGGAGGAGGAGGAGGAGAAACCAGCAGGAGAGAACGGUUACGGAGUAGAUAUCACGUAUCAUCUGUGUCCCUCAGAGUCCUGUGAUCGAGUCUUCUUGAGGAUCAGCACCACGCUCACCAAACACGCCAUCAAAUGCCACAUCAACGAGGAGAAGGUGCUGGAGAAGACGUUUGUCUGGGCCAAACACAAGUGCACCUUGUGUCUCAGGCAGAUCCAGUUCCUGCAGCAUUAUAAGGACCACAUGAAGCUCCACGACACGUCUCUGCAGCACUUCUGCUACCAUCUGGAGUGUCGGCAGCGUUUCUCCACUCAGCAGGAGCUAAAGGACCACGUUGGGACCCACAAGCCCUUCAGACCUCAGUGUCCCUUCACAGAGUGUGAGAAGCUCUUCCCGAGUCUCCAGAGUCUCUACGACCACGAGUGGAGGCACUACAUCCCUGCUCCUCAGAGAGAGGAGCUGGAGUCAGGACUCAGCAGGCAGAUGCCUCAGAACCCUGAAGCUCCGUGGAAGCAGAGGGUGAAGGUGGAGGAGAUCUGGCUGCAGAGUAAAAAGGGGCCCAGGGAGAGUCCAGACCUGGAUCAGGAUCCUGGAGAUCUAAGAGAGAUGAAACCUGAAGACCAGCCUUGUGAAACGAGUCUCCCAGACAGAAAUCAAGACCUGUUUAAACCUGAAACCUGCCCCGAGGAGACAGACACUCCUCAGCCUUCAGACCAAGGCAAAACCGCCAUCAACGGACACGAGAACCAGACCAGGAACCAAGAACCAGACGGGAAGACCUCCUCGUCUCCUCCUGGAGCUGCUGCAGCUCCUCGGAAAGGAAAAGCCUCCAGAAGGAGGAUCCCCGUGGAGUACGACCCGCUGAACGUCCGAGACCUGGAGGAGAUGUCCACCAUGUCCGAGGGGGUCCAGCAGAAACUGGGAGAGCCUCACAUCACCGAGCACAAGACCUUCAAACCUGAAGACCCCUCCUACGCCACCUUCGUCAAAGCCCCCUUCAUCCGGCCGCCCCCCUCCACCUACCUGGACGAGGCCCGGCUCUCCAUGCGGAAGAGGAGGACCACGGAGGAGGUGGCGCCCAAGAAGAACGCCUACUGGAGCAACAAGAAGAAGAAGGACCCGGCGGUCCCCGAGAAGCUCCAGACGGUGGAGAAGGAGGCGUCGGAGCAGAAGGUCAGACAGAGAUGUGAUAAAUGUCUCUCCUCCUUCAGCAGCGUGGAGGAGCUACACAAACACCAGCAGCUCAACACCUGCUCCUCACUCUUCGGCUUCGACUCUGAUGACGAGACAUGAGGAAAGAAGACCCCCCGGCCCCCCAUAAGGAGCAGGAGGAGGAGUGGAGCUCCAGUCUGGACCAGGAGAACCCAGAACCCCCCACACAUUAGAGAGGAGCAGGGGGAACUCCUCCAGUCAGGAGGCUGGACCGUCUCCUGUCCCUGUGGAGACCUCAGACCUCUAACUGAUGAAGAGGACUCCUGAGGACCAGAACCAGCCUGGACCUUUACCACCUGACUCUGAUGAAGACUGCAGACCUGAGAGAGUCUCGGCUCUAAAUAAACCUUUUGGAAAAUGAAGUUCCUGUUCCCGUUUAGCUGCUCUGAGAUCUGAGAAACACGAGAUCUCACACAUAAUAAAAGCUUUCAGUCGUCCCUGGAUUAUUGAUUUAUCACGUCAGUUUGUAUGAAAUAUUGUGGAGAACCACGUUAGAACCAAGAGCUCAAAGCUGUUUAGCACAUUUGUUUAAUUCUUGUAGUCUUCCAUAUGAAUCAUGAGCCACUCAGAGUGGAUGUAUACAACGUUUGGAUAGAAAUAACAAUAACGAUGGAUAUGUGCUGGUCUUUCAGAUCUCUAUAUUAAUAUUUAUUUUAAUUCUAAACCAAUCCUCCGGACCCUGAUCACAUCCAGCACGUUUUCUAAGAGGUUUCAGCAUUAAUGUGUGUGAACUGCUGUCUGUACACUGUAAAAAAUGAGUGUUUAAAAACCAGAUCAAACAGUAAAUCUGAG